AUGUCUUCCCCGAACAAGGACAAGACCAAGGAGAAGGAGAAGGGCUCCGAUACCGAUACAACUUGGUUCCUGAUCAACUGCAUCAUGCACAGCGAGCAUGGCAGACUUGAGAAGAUCAACUGGGAUGUGAUUGCAGAAAAACUGAACAUCAAGACCGGGACUGCAGCAUCGAUGCGUUAUCAGCGUCUCCUGAAAUCAUAUGGGCUGAACAGCGCAUACACCCUCAGGGGCGCGGAAGCUGCAGACCCCGCUCCAGCUGGAGAUUCGGCUGCGUCGGAGCCAAACACUCCAGUCAAGACCACUCCAGCCAAGAAAACCUCAACCAAGAAAAGCUCGGCCAAAACCACCUCAGACAAGACCACCCCAACCAAAAAGCGCAAGUCCACAAAGCGAAAGCGACGGGAUCCCGAGGCUGAGCCCGAGGUCAAGCCUGAGCCCGAGACUGAGGCCGAGGAUGCUAACGAUGAUAAGGUCAAGGUCAAGGACGACGAGAAUGCCGAUGAUGCUGAAGAGGAGGAGUAG